UUAUUAUUAUUGUUAUUUUUUAGUAUUGUUGUUAUUAUUAUUGUUAUUUAUUAUUGUUGUUAUUUAUUAUUUUUAUUAUUUAUUAUAUUGUUUUUGUUGGCACGGAUACUGGACGCGAAUAAACGGGUGCAAGAGGCAGCAUGCUCUGCGUUCGCGACUCUGGAAGAGGAGGCGAAUAUGGAGUUGGUACCAUACCUAUCGGAGAUUCUGGCAACGCUGGCUGAGGCGUUUAAUAGAUAUCAGGCGAAGAAUCUGUUGAUAUUGUACGAUGCAGUAGGGACGCUGGCAGAUAGUGUUGGAUCGAAUCUGAAUCAGCCGCAGUACGUACAGACUCUAAUGGAGCCGUUGAUGGCAAAAUGGUCAUCGUUAUCGGAUGACGACAAGGAAUUAUUUCCGUUACUGGAGUGCUUAUCGAGUGUGGCCACCGCUCUGCACGUGUCGUUCUUGCCGUUUUGUGAGCCGGUGUUUAGAAGAUGUACGGCGUUGAUAGGGCGGUGUUUGCAGCAGGUGCAGUUGGCAGUGGAGCGACCGGCCGAGUACGAUAUGCCCGAUAAGGACUUCUUGAUAGUGGCACUGGAUCUGCUGUCGGGCCUGGCCGAGGGCCUUUCGGAUCACAUCGACCAGCUGGUGGCGUCGAGUCAGAUCGUGGCGUUGAUUUAUCAGUGCUCAAUGGUGUUGAAAAUUUCUAUGUGCGUCUGGGAAAUUGGUUCGUUUGAUUCCGGUGUUGUAAUUAGGCAUUUUUUUCAUUUGUGUGUCUUUGCAGUGAAAUUCCAACGUGAAUUCUCUGUCAUAUGUCUGAAGCAUCGAAUGUGCCUGUGUAUAGUGAGAAAUUUUCGCAAAGUUUGA